AUGUCUUCUAUGAACUUUGAGUCGAUGAAUUGGUCGCCUUCGACCAUUCCGACUUCUACCACCUUACGAUCAGUUGCUGCAACUAAAAGUUCGGGUUUGAUCGAAACGUUAACAUCUGCCACGGCAAGAAUUCAUACCGCCACUGCUAAACCAGAAUUAAUUUCUUUAUCCCGAAAUAUCAGGGGAGCUGAAGCUUCAUUGUCCAUUCUUCAAGCAGAAGGAGAGAUAGCAACUGCUACAGAUAAUUCAGUCAAGAGUAUGGCUACACAAGCAAUCUUCAAUGCAACAUUGAAUUUGAAAGAUUUGGAAUGGGAAGAGAAUGUUUAUUCCAUGCGCAGUUUGAGUCGUCCUGCUAAUAUUAUAUACCUUACGAUAUUUAUCAUAACCUUUUUGUAUUUUACGCUCAUGAUCUGGAAGUCAAGAUUCCAUUGGUUUAAUGUUGCAUUUUUCUGUGGGAUAGGAUUAGAAUUUGCAGGAUUCAUCGGGAGAGUGAUGUCAUUCUCGGAUAUGACAGAUAUGAACUACUACAUCUUGCAAUUGGUUUGUCUUACUAUUGCCCCAGCAUUCAUCAUGGGUGGUAUAUACUACUUGUUUGCGCAAAUGGUUGUAGUAUACGGAAGAGAAUAUUCAAUUUUGCGCCCAAUGUGGUAUUCCUACAUUUUCAUUACGUGCGAUGUUCUAUCGUUAAUCAUUCAAGCUGGUGGAGGUGGUGCAGCUUCUUAUGCAUCGAAUAAUUUUGAAGAUGCUAGACCAGGUUCGUAUGUUAUGAUCGCAGGUAUUGCAUUUCAAGUUUUUGCAAUGUCAUUUUUCUUAUUAUUCUGGUUCCACUUCAUUUUUCAGACAUUUUUCAAGCAUAGGCCCUUGAAAAAUGAAACUUCUAACGAUGAAAGUAAAUAUGAUCCUGUCUUGAAUAAUGUAUCUGUUGGGAAUUUCGUCAAGAUGUUGUUCAAUACAAAGUCGGCUUAUGCUUAUAGAACGAAAUAUUUGGAACCUUAUUAUAAUCCCCAAUUUGCUAAAAUUCGUACUAGAAAACUUUUCUAUUGGUUUCCUUUAGCCAUGACUAUUGCCGUGGUAUCAGUCUAUAUUCGUUGUAUUUAUAGAGUGGUUGAGUUGGCUCAAGGUUUCAGUGGUUAUCUUAUUACACACGAAGUAUAUAUCAUGGUCUUGGACGCCUUAAUGAUUGCAAUUACUGCUAUAGUUUUUGUUCCUUUCCAUCCAGUCCUUGUAUUCGGUGCAAAGAAUAGAAUUAGAUUGGCUGCAAUUAAAAAGAACUUGGAUGAAGCCAACGAUAAUACCGCUGACACCGCCGACAAUAAUACUGCCGACGAUAAUACUGCAUACGUAUCUGCUAAAGGCUCGAUAAAGGAGGAGAAUAGUGAUUCAUAUUAA